UUGCCCUAUUUUAAUUCUUUUCCGCAAACCUUAUCUCCCGAACCUAACCGAACCUGUACGAAGCAGGUUCCAAAUACCAGAAAGAAGACAUCGAACUGGAAGGUCCAAUUAGCUUCUCGGGUUCAUUUCCAGGCCCAAUCUCGCUUUCUCUCCGCAAUUUUUAUUGUAGGUGAAGCAGGAAGAUACACAUCAAAAUCAAGAUGCUUAGUGUUGAAGAAGAUAAAGUGGCUGCGACCCCUGAUGUGAAAAAUGCUCCUGUCACUACUGAUUUUGAUCCUAGCAAUGAUCUGGCUAAUUUGAAAAAUCAAUCUGACCAUAAUGUAGAAAAUUCUGAGUCUCAGCCUGACAAGGAUCUCUCCAGUUCCAAAGCAGAAGUACUCCCUGAAUCUGAAACCCAAGCUUCUAGUGGUGAUGCAAAUGAAGGGACAUUGCCCAAAUAUGAAUUGGACAACGCAGAAGAACCUACUAACAGUGAGUCACUGGGUAACAACCAAUCAAGCAAUGAUGAGGGCCCACACAGCAAUCAGCAUGUUGAGUCUGAAGCACCCCUCAACAAUCCAUCAGCAAGCUCUGAAGCUCCAGCUGAUGAUAAUGUUGUUAGUUCUGAAGCUACCCUUGAGCAGAAGCCUGCGUCUGAGGCACCACCAAGCAACCAGCUGCUCAAUUCUGAGACACUUCCAAAUAAUGGUGUGCUACAUUCUGAACAUCAGUCUAGUGAUGAUGUGGUUGUAUCUGAAACGCAGCAAAGCUAUGAGGUGGUUUUAUCUGAAACGCAGCAAAGCCACGAGGUGGUUUUAUCUGAAACACGACAAAGUAAUGAGGCAGUUUUAUCUGAAACACAUCAAAGCAAUGAGGCAGUUUUUACUGAAGCACAGCAAAGCAAUGAGGCAGUUUUAUCUGAGACACAGCAAAGUGAUGAGGUGAUUUUGCCUGAAACACAGCAAAGCAAUGAGGCGGUUUUAUCUGAAACACAGCAAAGCGAUGGGGCAGUUUUAUCUGAAACACAACAAAGUGAUGAGUUGAUUACAUAUGAAACUCAUCCCAACAAUGAUGUAGUCAUGUCAGAUGCACAGCCCAACAGCGAGCCAAACAUGUCUGACACACAGCCCAGCAGUGAGACAGUUACGCGUGAGACACAGCCCAGCAAUGAAGCUGUCAUAUAUGAAGCACAGCACAUCAAUGAUGUGGUCAUGUCUGAAGCUCUGCCCGAAAAUGAGUUGGUGAAUUCUGCAGCUGAUCCCAACAAUCAGCUCUCUCAUCCUGGAUCUCUUUCUCAGAAUCACCAAUUUACUAAUUUACACAUGAUUCCUGAAGAUCAGCUGCCUCAACCUGAAUCGCUGCCCAACUCUGAUCCACUGCCGAGUUCUGAACCAAUGCAAGACAUUCAUCUCACAGACAUUAAACCGUUACCUCAUAAUCAUCUGGCCCAGUAUGAUACACUUCCCAGCAAUCAUCAUAUGGACCAUUCUGAGGCAGUUUCCAACCAUCAACUAACUGACUCUGAGACACUGUCCCAUGAACAGCUAGCCAAUUCUCAUUUGUUGCCUCACUAUGGGCUGCAAACUAGUGAAACACUACACGAUCAUCCGAUAGUUAAUUCUCGACCACACUAUGAGAUAGUCAAUGCUAGCAACAUACCCAGCUAUGAGAUAAUAAAUGCUGAAACUCCAUUGAACAGUGAGGAACCUACUCCAGAAACUCAGCCAAGCAAGAGGAGGAAAAAGAAGUCUAUAGUCUGGGAACACUUCACCAUAGAAACAGUCAGUCCUGGAUGUAGAAGAGCAUGCUGCAUGCAAUGCAAGCAAAGUUUUGCCUACAGCACUGGUUCAAAAGUCGCUGGUACUAGCCACCUUAAACGCCACAUUGCUAAGGGGACAUGCCCAGCUCUUCUACGCGGCCAAGAUCAGAAUCAGUUCAGCUCAUAUACUCCACGUUCAAGGGGAAGUGAUGCUGCUGGCAAUGCUAGCAGUGCACCUAAGCGACGUUAUAGAUCCCCUAAUACUCCUUACAUAAUUUUUGAUCAAGAUCGUUGCCGCCAUGAGAUUGCUAGAAUGAUCAUUAUGCAUGAUUACCCCCUUCACAUGGUUGAGCAUCCGGGAUUUGUUGCAUUUGUCCAAAAUCUGCAGCCCCGGUUCAAUAUGGUGACAUUUAACACAAUUCAAGGAGAUUGUGUUGCAACUUACCUGAUGGAAAAGCAAUGCGUUAUGAAGUAUUUUGACGGAUUACCUGGACGUGUGUGUCUCACACUGGAUGUUUGGACCUCAAGCCAAUCUGUGGGUUAUGUGUUUAUUACUGGACAUUUUGUCGAUAGUGAUUGGAAGUUGCAGAGGAGAAUUCUCAAUGUUGUGAUGGAGCCAUACCCUAAUUCUGACUCCGCUCUCAGCCAUGCUGUAGCUGUUUGCAUUUCUGAUUGGAAUUUUGAGGGCAAGCUGUUUUCUAUCACUUGUGGUCCGUCACUGAGUGAAGUUGCCCUUGGGAAUCUCAGACCGUUACUCUUUGUGAAGAAUCCACUUAUCCUCAAUGGUCAGUUGCUAAUUGGAAAUUGCAUUGCGCAAACCUUAAGCAGUGUUGCAAAUGAUUUGUUGAGCUCGGUGCAUCUCACAGUAAAAAAAAUCCGGGAUAGUGUAAAAUAUGUGAAGACUUCAGAGUCACAUGAGGAAAAAUUCCUGGAUCUCAAGCAGCAACUUCAGGUCCCUAGUGAAAGGAACCUUUUUAUUGACGACCAAACCAAGUGGAAUACAACAUAUCAGAUGCUGGUGGCAGCUUCUGAACUACAGGAAGUGUUUUCUUGUUUGGACACUUCUGAUCCUGAUUACAAGGGUGCCCCAUCUAUGCAGGAUUGGAAGCUGGUUGAGACCCUCUGCACAUACUUGAAGCCCCUUUUUGAUGCAGCAAACAUUCUUACCACAGCAACUCAUCCCACUGUUAUUACCUUCUUCCAUGAAGUUUGGAAAUUGCAGUUGGAUCUGUCUCGUGCUGUUGUGAGUGAGGAUCCUUUCAUCAGCAACCUUACUAAACCCAUGCAACAAAAGAUUGAUAAGUACUGGAAAGAUUGCAGUUUGGUUUUGGCUAUUGCAGUAGUUAUGGAUCCUCGUUUCAAGAUGAAGCUUGUUGAGUUUAGUUUCACUAAAAUCUAUGGCGAGGAUGCCCAUGAAUAUGUUAAGAUUGUUGAUGAUGGAAUUCAUGAGCUGUUUCACGAGUAUGUAGCCCUUCCCCUGCCACUAACCCCGGCUUAUGCAGAAGAAGGAAAUGCUGGAAGUCACCCGAGGGCUGGGGAAUCUCCAGGAGGAACUCUGAUGCCAGAUAAUGGACUAACAGAUUUUGAUGUCUACAUCAUGGAAACAUCCAGCCAUCAAAUGAAGUCUGAACUGGACCAGUAUCUGGAAGAAUCACUGUUGCCACGUGUUCCGGACUUUGAUGUAUUGGGUUGGUGGAAGCUAAACAAACUCAAGUACCCUACUCUUUCCAAGAUGGCUCGGGAUAUAUUGUCUGUUCCGGUUUCAAGUGUUCCUCCUGAAUCUGUCUUUGAUACAAAAGUCAAAGAGAUGGAUCAGUAUAGAAGUUCCUUGCGGCCAGAGACAGUAGAGGCCAUUGUAUGUGCAAAAGACUGGAUGCAGUAUGGAGCAGCCGAAGCUUCCAAUGCGAUCGUGAAAAUGGAGUUCUAGAUUUUAUUCAUGUAAUUUUUGUUUAGGAGAGGGUGGGAAAGCCCACGGGAAGGGUAUGUGAAAGAAAGACCACAGCAUGCAUUGCGAUAUUUUAUAAACCUGCAAGUUCUCUGUUAGGUUGUUGUACUCUUUAUGUAUGAUGGUAGGUGCUUGUAUUUUACUUGUAUUUCUUAGUUCUCUGUUAGAGCAUCUUGGUGAUAUUUAAUGUGUAGAGUUGGACCUGAAUGCCUUAAUUCUAGUUUACUUUUCUAGAUUAGAUGCUAGAACAGAUCUCCCCUCCUUAAGGUGAUUCGUCCAUGUGAUAAUUUAUGUCCUCAAUAUUCAAUCACCAAAGAAUCCACGUAA